GGGGGUGGGUUGUGGUCGUGGAGCGAUAGGUUGAGGAUCGGAGGCAUUAUCAGUGAGAUCUAUUGUUUCCUGGCACACUGGGAGGAAAAACAAAGGGAUUUAUUAUCAUUACCCUGUAAUUUUUUUUUCUUUUUCUUUUUUAAUGUGGCCAGGGAGCUCGGCUCUCCCCGUGCCACACUGGGAUCCGCCUGGCAGCCGCCGGGAGCCGCAGCCAAUGUGUUAGGACUUCAGGUGCUUCUUGGCACAAAGCUAGACUGCGACCUCCUACCAUUGCGCUUGGCGUCACCUGCUCUCCCGGCCCUGCCCCGGGGCCGAGAGACUGCGUCCCGAACCAGGCUUGGGAAUCGGCUGCCUCUCAAAUGAACCUCUAGUCUUGCUUUGAAAAAGCCAUUUUGUAUUAACUCUUGACUGAAUAAUUUCCUAAUACACCUGUUGGGAGGAUCACUGUCACAGUAUGCCAUUUGAGAGGUACUUUUUCUUGAUCAAAUACUGGUGAUUAGAGAAGAGAGGUGGUUUUUGUUUUUGUUUUUGUUUUUGUUUUUUGUUUUUUUUCCUGAUCAUUAUGAACAUUGGCUUUUCACCCCUGAAGUAAAAAUGUUGAAAACCGAGUCUUCAGGUGAACGAACCACUCUGAGAAGUGCUUCUCCUCACAGGAAUGCAUAUAGAACUGAGUUCCAGGCACUGAAAAGUACCUUUGACAAACCCAAAUCAGAUGGGGAACAAAAAAAAGAAGGUGAGGGCUUCCAGCAGAGCAGGGGGAGGAAAUAUGGCUCCAAUGUCAACAGAAUUAAAAAUCUAUUUAUGCAGAUGGGUAUGGAACCCAAUGAAAAUGCUGCAGUCAUUGCCAAAACAAGGGGGAAAGGUGGCCCUUCAUCUCCUCAGAGAAGAAUGAAGCCCAAAGAAUUUCUGGAGAAAACAGAUGGCUCAGUUGUUAAGUUGGAGUCCUCUGUUUCAGAACGAAUUAGUAGAUUUGACACAAUGUACGAUGGCCCUUCGUAUUCUAAGUUCACAGAAACUCGGAAGAUGUUUGAGAGAAGUGUGCAUGAGUCAGGACAAAACAACCGCUAUUCCCCAAAGAGAGAAAAAGCUGGAGCGAGUGAACCUCAGGAUGAGUGGGGUGGUUCCAAGUCCAACAGAGGCAGUACUGAUUCCUUGGACAGCCUUAGCUCCCGGACUGAGGCUGUCUCCCCAACGGUGAGUCAGUUGAGUGCAGUAUUUGAGAACACCGAUUCUCCCAGUGCCAUUGUUUCUGAGAAGGCUGAAAAUAAUGAAUACUCAGUGACUGGGCAUUAUCCCCUGAAUUUACCAUCUGUUACUGUCACAAAUCUUGAUACCUUUGGUCACCUAAAGGAUUCGAAUUCUUGGUCUCCUCCAAGCAAACACAGUGGGGAUCCAGAGGAUGCUCAGAAGAGGAGUACAACUCCAGUACCGGAAGUGGCUUCGAGAAGUACCUCUCUAGCUUCAGUGCCCAAUGAAGAGACACAGCAGAGAAGGGAAGCUGAGGACUCCACAGCUAACCCAGAGACUCCUGACAGAAUUGACAAAGACAUUGCUGAAGAAUUUUGUGCUGAAAGCAAGGCAAUGCCAGAGUCUAAAAUCUCUUCAGCACAGAAUUCACCUUUAGAAGAUGCCGGGGCUAGUUUGGUUGGGAGUGAGGCAGCAAUGCAUCAGAAGAAAGAACUUGAAGGGCAUAAUUUUACCUCUGCUGAUGCUUCUGGAUCCAGUUGUGGAAAGGAAGUACCCGAAGAUGCAAAUAAUUUUGAGAGUUCCCAUGUUUACAUGCACAGUGACUACAGUGUAUAUAGGGUACGGUCCAGGUAUAAUUCAGACUGGGGAGAGACAGGCACUCAACAGGAUGAGCAGGAAGACAGUGAUGAAAACAGUUACCAUCAACCAGACAUGGAAUAUUCGGAAAUCGUGGGACUGCCAGAAGAAGAAGACGUCCCAGCUAACAGGAAAAUUAAGUUUAGUAGCGCUCCAAUUAAGGUUUUCAGCACAUACUCUAAUGAAGACUAUGACAGGAGAAAUGAUGAAGUUGAUCCUGUGGCUGCUUCAGCUGAGUAUGAACUUGAAAAACGUGUAGAAAAGCUGGAACUUUUCCCAGUGGAACUAGAGAAAGAUGAGGAUGGACUUGGUAUAAGUAUUAUUGGAAUGGGUGUUGGAGCAGAUGCUGGACUUGAAAAGCUGGGAAUCUUUGUCAAGACAGUAACAGAAGGUGGUGCGGCUCAGCGAGAUGGCAGAAUACAAGUCAAUGACCAGAUUGUGGAAGUGGAUGGAAUCAGCUUGGUGGGUGUCACACAGAAUUUUGCUGCAACAGUUCUCAGAAACACCAAGGGCAAUGUCAGAUUUGUUAUUGGGCGAGAGAAACCAGGACAAGUGAGCGAGGUUGCUCAGCUGAUAAGCCAGACUCUUGAACAGGAAAGGCGCCAGAGAGAGCUGCUGGAGCAGCACUACGCACAGUACGACGCCGACGACGACGAGAACACUAUGGCUGAAUUGCAAGGAGUGUCUGGCAACUGCAAUAACAAUAACAACUAUUUCCUUAAGACUGGAGAAUAUGCCACAGAUGAAGAAGAGGAUGAGGCAGGACCUGUUCCUGGCAGUGAGAUAGCCAUUGAAGUCUUUGAGCUGCCUGAGAACGAGGACAUGUUUUCCCCAUCAGACCUGGACACAAGCAAGCUCAGUCACAAGUUCAAAGAGUUGCAAAUCAAACAUGCAGUUACAGAAGCAGAGAUUCAAAAAUUGAAGACCAAGCUGCAAGCAGCAGAAAAUGAGAAAGUGAGGUGGGAGCUAGAAAAAACCCAACUCCAACAGAAUAUAGAAGAGAAUAAAGAGAGAAUGUUGAAGUUGGAGAGUUACUGGAUUGAGGCCCAAACGCUGUGCCACACGGUGAACGAGCACCUCAAAGAGACUCAAAGCCAGUAUCAGGCCUUGGAAAAGAAAUACAACAAGGCAAAGAAACUGAUCAAGGAUUUUCAACAAAAAGAACUUGAUUUCAUCAAAAGACAGGAAGCCGAAAGAAAGAAAAUGGAAGAUUUGGAAAAAGCUCAUCUUGUAGAAGUUCAAGGCCUGCAAGUACGGAUUAAAGAUUUAGAAGCUGAGGUGUUCAGGCUACUGAAGCAAAAUGGGACUCAAGUUAACAAUAACAACAACAUCUUUGAGAGAAGAACAUCUCUUGGUGAGGUCUCUAAAGCAGACGUCAUGGAGAAUGUGGAUGCCAAGCAUACGUCUUGUCAAGAUGGCCUAAGUCAAGACUUGAAUGAAGCAGUCCCGGAGACGGAACGCCUGGAUUCAAAAGCACUGAAAACUCGAGCCCAGCUCUCCGUGAAGAACAGACGCCAGAGGCCCUCUAGAACAAGACUCUAUGAUAGUGUCAGUUCAACAGAUGGGGAGGACAGUCUAGAGCGAAAGGGUUUGAGAACUUCUUCUCCAGAAUCAGAUUCUGGUGCUCCAUGCCUCACUCCAGUGGCUGGCAGUUUACCCUUCUCAUCCGACCACAUGGCUGAAUUUCCAGAAGGACCACUGCAUCCAGAAAGGGAAUCUUCCUCCUCUGUUUGGGGAGACACUUCCCUCUCCUCUCCUUCAAAAUCUGAACACGAUACAGAAGAAUCUCUUUGCCACCAUCAAGCCACCACCAAGAAAAUAUUACAAGAGAAAGAUGGUGCCAAAGGCCCCAAAUCACUAAGGGCGUCCAGUUCAUUGGUGGCUCAAGGAGGAAAAAUUAAGCGGAAGUUUGUGGCUCUGGGGGCACCUUUGAGAAGGAAUUCCAACAAGGGAAAGAAAUGGAAAGAAAAGGAAAAAGAAGCCCAUAGGCUGUCUCCAGGUAGCAGGAUCUUCAGAAGCAGGCUGGAACACUGGAAACUGAAGCCGUCCUCCGCAGCUCCGGCCUCCACUCUCUCACCUUGCGUGCCUCUCUCGUGGUUUAACGAAAGCCGGAAAGGAUCCUAUUCCUUCAGGAACCUACCUUCAUCCCCAAGUCCCCUUCAGCCUUCUCCUGAAACUCUAAUAGAUAAAAAGAGGUCCAAGAAUUUUACCUUCAAUGAUGACUUCAGUCCUAGCAGCACCAGCUCGGCAGACCUGAGCGGCCUAGGAACAGAGCCCAAAACACCAGGGCUUUCUCAGUCCCUAGUGCUGUCGUCAGAUGAGAUCCUUGAUGAUGGACAGUCUCCCAAACACAGUCAGUGUCAGAACCAGGCCGUUCAUGAAUGGAGUGUGCAGCAGGUUUCUCACUGGCUAGUGAGCCUAAAUCUGGAGAAGUAUGUAUCUGAAUUCAGUGCCCAAAACAUCACUGGAGAACAGCUCCUGCAAUUGGAUGGAAAUAAACUUAAGGCUCUUGGAAUGACAUCAUCCCAAGACCGAGCAGUGGUCAAAAAAAAGCUCAAGGAAAUGAAGGUGUCUCUAGAGAAGGCUCGGAAGGCUCAAGAGAAAAUGGAAAAACAAAGAGAAAAGCUGAGGAGGAAGGAACAAGAGCAAAUGCAGAGGAAGUCUAAAAAGGCAGAGAAGAUGACAGCUGCAGCAGAGGGCACUGGCGAGCAGUAACACACCCUCCACAGAGGGUGGAGGUGCUCGAGAGAGACGUCUCUACCCCACCUCUUCCUGCCCUGCUCUCCUCUGGAGGAUGAAGAAACUGAUAUGGGGGAAUGUGCUCUAGGCAGACUGGGAGCCUAGUCUGUUGAAUAACUGCAUUUUCUGCAAGUAGAAUAUGCUCUUAAUUUUAUCCUACUGAAAUACUCCCAAGUCACCUUUGGUGUAUUAACAAACCAAGGAUCUCAUUUGUGAGAUAUGCAAAAGUGGCUGUGUUUCUCUCUUCUCUUAAUUACCAGCAUCUUAUGUUGUGUUGGAUGGGUUGUGUUGCUUGGGGAAACAAUGUGAGCCUGCUCAACAAGAUCCUGACACCCCCUGGUAGUGGUAGUGGAAUGCCGUGAGUUUCAGUAUGGGAUCUUGAACCUGAGCAAUUGCACACAUCUGCCUGGCUGAGAGCACUACUCUGCCAUGAGAUCUGGGCUGCAGAAUCUAAUCAAUGUGUGGGAAAGGCCCCCCCCUCAUUUCUGUGUCUGGACAGGGAGAUGAUCCCACUGUGGAAAUGUGGGUGCUCUGCCACAUAAUUACCUACCAUAGCAAAAGGCAAGCCAGCUGUUCUGCUUACUGGGCAUUGGAAAGAGAGAAAAGAAUUACAUUACUUCGUUAACCCCAGAAGGAAGCAAAAAGCCUUAAGAAUGUGCAUGUGGGUGUUACCUUGGGGUUCUGAGGGCAAGAUUUAUCCUCCAGAUUUAGCCAAACAAUGAAAAAAUCGGACCUUAGUGCAGCCGUGGGAUAUAAGGAUAUGUUGUUAACUUUGCUACUCCUGCGUGUUCAAUAUUUCAGCAACCCUGACGCACACAGCACAGUUCCUUUUUUCCCCCAACAAAUUGAACAGGAAAUUGAUUUUGAAGGAAACCAACAUUUUCAGGUUUCCUCUCCUGGGGAACAUUCUGGCUGGUCUUCAGCCUACCUAUGACACAGUCAGAAACCCGUCACAUAUUUUCUACUCAAUAUUUCCCAAGUGGGCUCAGUUAGUGUUUUAACAAAUGUACUUUUAAGAAAACUAGAAAUAUCAGUUUGAUAAAAUUUAGAUUUGAGUAAUACUCGGCAAGAGAAAACAAUUGUUUUGAGCACACAGAAUGUUCCUGUAAAGGAGAGCUGCCAGUUAUAUGUUAGAGAUAUUUUGAAUGGUUUUUCUGAGCCAUUCUCUGCCUUUCUUUAGAGAUUUCCACUUUCACAGUUAAGUUUUGAUGAAGAGAAUACACAGGAUACAAUCUAGCAGUGGAGACACACACUUCUUUUAAAGCCAGUAUUAAGGAUUUCCAUGUUUUAAGUGCAGGAGACUGGGGCAGAAAGAGGAAAAAAAAAAACUCAUCUUGAGAAACCACAAAGAAUGAGGUGUUUGCUGUUGCUUUGAUUUUUGCACUCAUGUAUCUGUUUCUCUUUGCUUCAUUAGCUCUAAAUAUGAGGUCAUCUGCUUUCCAAGGGACAGAUUUCAAAACAAGAGUUGAGGCCAGACCAGUUCUUGAACAAGUAUUUUACUUUCUUUACCACAUGGGGUUGGGGGUGGGGGAGAUGGGGUGUUUCUGUCUCUGUGUUCCCCUGGAAAUGUGACAUCUGCACAGCUUGGGAGGCUUGUGAUGGUCAUAAGAUAAUAUAAAGGGGCCUAUGCCUUUGAGCUCCAUCGUGUAUUCAUGAAAAUGGUGAUUUUUUUUUUUUGCUGGUCUGAAUAUCCAAAACCCAGAACUGUCCAAACUAGGAAUUUACAAUCUGGUUCUUUCCCUAAGGUCUGUUUCCUUUUCAGUGAUGGAGUACUGUCUGCUAAGCUUCAGUCCCUUUAGCACUAGGUACAGAUCUUCAUUAAAUCGUCAGAAAUCUUGACAGAAAGUAACAUUGGAUUUUAUAAUGAUCAAAGUCGCUAUGUAUGUUUUUCUGUCUCUCUUCAUUGGGGAUAUGAUAAUGAAACUGCCGUAAUGGAUACUCUAUUAAUAUUUUGAGAUGUGCAGUGCUGUGGUAUUUAUUAAUAUCAUCAGAAACAAGGAACCACUAUUGAUGAACUACAAAAUUUGGCAAAUCUUUUUUAAUACUCUAAGAUGAAAUCAGUCAAAAAUCUGGUAAUAUGAGUGCUUGCUGUUGUACAUUUUUGCCACUUUUGUUUAUCUUUGGAGAAAAAAGUGAUCUGGAACACACUGGAAGCAUCACUGUAUUCAUUUUAAGAGUGGAAAUAGAAGGGUGAUUAUCUCAAGUUACGUUUACACUUUGGUAAUAUAUGGAAAUGGAUGUAAAUAAUGGAAAUGUCUAUAAGUCUCAGUCUCUGCACAUAAUUUAUGAUCUAUUAUAUUGCAUUUUCUUAAAUGUCUUAGCAGUAUUUUUUCCUUAUUUUAACUUUAUUUGUACACUUCCAAUGUUUAGAUCAAUGACCAACUGACAAUAUUGUAAGUCAAAUUCUUAUUCCUCAAAUUGUUUAAUUUGUAUUAUAACUAUUUUGAUUUUUUAAGUUAAACUGUAGUAAUUUUAGGUCUUGAUGAGUUAUUUUAACAUUACCACUUAAAACUGCUGGCAUUGUAAGAGGCACUUGGUUGUCCAGCAAGGGAUCAAAUGUCCACUGAUUGCUACAAGGGCAUGAAAACAAAGUGCAGGACCUCAGAUCUCAUGACCAUUUUGUUUUCCUAUUAUUUCUUUUGUUGACUCUAGUGCAUGAUGCCUAAUCAAGAUUCCAGUGUCUUACACAAUUCCUACUUUCAUGCUAGUGGUUUUCAGUGUCCAUAGAAUUUAAUACAGAAUUGUUGCUUCACGAACCUUAAAGACUUUGCAGUUUUUUAUUUAUCAUAAAAUGAACAAAAAGGGAAUAUCUGGUAACUAUGAACUGUGUUCCCUAAGUGACAGCUCAGUGUGACUCUAACAAUAGCCAAAAAUGUUUAGGGGUAAAGGUAAUGCUUUGGGGGACAAGGGAUGUAUGGGGAGGCCAAGCUGUAGACAGAGAAUAUUGCAUGAGCUGAGUGUCUGGGGUGGGGUUUUCCAUUUAAGGGCUUUAUUUUUAUAACAGAUUACUUUAUUUAAGAUCAUCUCCCUUAAAGGAAUCAAUUUAUAUAGUCUUUCUCUUUUUUUGCCCAAAUAAGUUUACUUCACAGUGAUACAUGAUUUUGUCAUUCUAACACAGUGAUGAAGUCCACUGUUAGAUUCAUGACAAUAAACCUAUUCCAUGGCAUCCUCCUUUAGCUGAGGCCGACAUAGAUUUCCCACCCUCAACAUCACAUCACCAUUUUUAGCCCAUAACAGUUUAUGAUUGUAAUAUGCUAGGUGCUAAUUCCAAACUCAGCUAUUAAGGGCCAUGAAAUGGGAACAUCUACCUUGUGUUCCUUUGUUAUUGUUGGAAACAAAGUGCCAAAAGGACAAGUAGGGAACCAAAUGAAGCCUUGCCCCUGCCUUUUAUCCUAUAGUCUUCCCUAGCCUGGAAUCUUCAGAUAUCCCAGGACCAUGCUAUCAAACUAGUCACAGGUUGUUAGAUUUAGCACCUUAAUUAGCCUUUGUGGUUUCUGCUGAAGACAAAGAAUUCUGUUAUAGGAUUCUUUGUAUAAUAGGAUUAACACAUACUUUUAAAAUUAUGUUUAAAAGGCAAAUGAAAAUUUGCAUGUGUAUGGAUAUUCUAACUCAUUUAUAAAUUUUAAAUUUCAAGAGAGGAAACUCAGUGUUUAGUAAUAGUAUUCCUGAAGCACCUAAAGGUAGGUGUUCUGACAAUUCUAAAAAAAAAAUCUUUACAUUUUGGAUAUGUUGUAGCCCCUAAUUACAUUGAGAUAUUUAAAAAUUACCAAAUUCUAUCUGAGUAACUAAAUUUGUUGUCCCAAUAGAGCUGCAGAUGAGGGGCAUUUCGCUUUGAUGGACAGCAGUUCAUGUCAUCUACUUACUGCUAAGUUUUAGUGCUUUCUGAAUAAAAGGUAAAAUGAAAAACAAAAGCCCAAGUUUUUAAGUAUCUUUUCAAAUUUACCUUUAAUCAAGGAUCUCCCUGCACUGUUCUGAAGCUAAGCACCUAAGGAUGAUGUCCAGAAACAAAAUGUCCAUAUUUUCUCCUAAAAUUGUUUUCAUUAUGAUGCUGGGGAUGGACAGUAAAUUCUCCUAAGAAAACAGUGUUAUAAGAUAUAUGAAUGUGCUUCAGUGAUUUCAUCCCUGAGAAACAGCUGUGUAUGCAGGCAGACCUUGCUUAUAUUUGUCUUAGUUACUUAAAGCCUCAGGAAGUUUAUUCUUGGUCCAAAACACUGGGGAGAAAGUACCACCAGACAGUAUACCAGUAGUAUUUGACUUAAAGUAGCAGCACAGAAUAGACUGAACAAAGGAGUUGGAGGGUGAAGAAAAAGCCUACAGAAUCAAUUUCCCCCUGGAAAAUGAAAGCAUCAAGAUCUGCCUUAUGGUAAACAGAGGGUCCUUAGCAUGCUUGUGUGCGGAUAUCUUAGUGGAUGUGUUGAGAGAACAGUUGUUACUUGAAGACUUACAUAUGUGAGUGUGUGGACCAAGCAGAGCAUGUGACCUGCUUCCAGAUUACAGAGUGGGAAAGGAAAUGUUGACUUCUUCCAAUCCUUAGUCCUACGCAAAUCCAACCCCAAAAAUGCUAGGGGUUCAAGAAUGAGUAAGAGGUAAGGAAUAAGAGAACAAGAGGCAACUUCUCAAUAAUGUGCAUGCCACUUGUGUAGAUGUAUGGAACUACAUAUGUGUGAAUAUAUAGCCCACCUUACAUACACACAUACACACACUGCAACCACAUGGCAUAGACAUCGAUAUAUUGUACAUGGAACUUGAUCAUGUCAGUUAGGACCCGGAGCAGUCAUCCUAGCCUUACGGCCACAUUUUGUGUGUGUAUACAUGGAAUGGCUCAUAAGAUUUUAAGAGAUUUUUUUUAAUGUAAGUAUUUCUACUAAAUGCACUUCUCCUUCUACAUGUUUAUAUAUUUUGGUAAAAUUGAUUUAUUAGAUACUUGAUAUUUUAGUAAGAUAAAACUUCCUCAAAUGCUUGGUUAAUGCUUUGAUGUCAAGAUUGCACAUUGCUGAGUUGAAGCUCAGAAGUUUAUGCAGCUUUGGGCAUUUUUCAACUGCAGAUGGCAGUUUCUUUGGCUAAAAAUUGCACUGUGUGUCCUUGUGCAUUUGCUCAUGCUCUAAAGUGUUGUGUUUGGUGGCUAUGCUAUGUAAAUCACUGCUGGCUCUCUGAUGGCAGCACUGCCAUCCCAGGGCCAUUCAUUUACUUCUUUUGCAGAGGGAUGGCAUGGAUGUGAGCAUGAGUGAGUUGGUGGGAGGUGUACACUUCUCUUUCUUUCAGCUCCUUUCUUCACACACCCAGGUUUUCUGUUAAGGGUUUAAUAUUUCACCCAUGAAAGGAGAAUUGGCCAAAAAUCAUUUUAAAGACCUUUGAAGUGGGAAUUAAGAGGCACUCCAGCUAGAUAACACCUCCCAACAACAUCAGAUUUCGUUAGUGCUUAGUGAAUCCCUUGAAAUAUGUGUCUGUUCUCCUUAGAAUUACUUACGAUCAUCACGGCUGCUUUUGCAUUUUCUAAUGAUGUUGCACUUAAGCCACUAGGACUCUGGCUACACAUCACUAGCAAAACUGGCCAGCUGAAAAAAGAAAAAAGAGAAAAUGAAUUCUGUUCCAUUAUAAGAAGUUGAUUUGCUUUAACCUUUCUUUAUAUAUCACUAAAGGAAAAAGAGUUGUUUGAAAAUAAUUUUAAGUCCAAUAAGUAUGGAUAGCAUGUGUUAUCUGAAACUUUGAAUUUGCACACUUUGGUAUCUGAUCAUUUGCAUGGGGGAGACAAUAGUGCCAUGUCUGAACUGUUCUCUUGUGCGUGGUUCAUAUGUACUUCUCUAGAUCAUUCUGUUUCAAAUGACAUUUCCUACUCUUUGGAUUUCAGAGUCAUUCAAAGCAAAGUAUCACAGUGGUCCUUUGUUUUCUGACCAACUUAAAAAUACCUGUGAUUUAAUUUGCUUUGUUAGUGUAAAUAAAUUCUUGCCAAUGAGUAUUAUUGUUGUUAGACAACGAAUGCAAUAAAAAGAAAUAUUGAGA